AAUCAAUUUUAAAGAAUUGAGUGCAUGCAAUCUUACUAUGACUCUCAAAUGAAGUGUUGAGAGAAAUGUUAAGGAGGAUACUGCUAAGGGCAUUUGGGACAAAUUGAUAUCAUUGUUCAUGGCCAAGAGUCUAUUGAAGAGUAGAUUUAUUAUCUAUGAUUGGAAGAAGGUUAAAAUAUAGGGGUCCCAAUAAGAAUAAGAGUUGUCAUUAUUAAAAGUUGAAGGGAGACACAAUGAAAGAGUGUUGGAAGUGGAAGAAGUUAUGUUCCAACAAGAAGGGCAACGUGAAUAUUAUCACGUUUGAUUCUGGGACAUUAGUUAUGUGUAUGAUAGUGAAGAUGGGGGUGUACUUGUUACCACUUGUAAGUAUAAAGGAAAAAAUAUAAUGGACUUAAUUUGCUACCUAUAUUUAGGUGUAUAAAGGAAGUGUCACCACAGGUAAUGAUAAGACUUUUAGGGUGAUUAAUAUUAGGAAUCUCCGCAUCAAAAUAUAAGAUGGAAUGGUGAGAACGUAGAUGGAUGUUAGGCAUGUUAUAGGUGUGAAGAAGAACCUUAUUUCCUUAUGUACUCUUGCCAUGAACGAAUAUAGGUGUAGACGUGUAGUACUUGUGAUGGUAGAGUGAUGAAGGUCACUAAGUGUUCUUUGUGAUAAUGAAAGGAAACAUUGAUCGUUGUAUGUUCUAUAAGACUCCAUAAUUACCAGUUAGGCACAUCUUAUUACUAACAAAAUAUUGUAUUAUGAUACUAAACUUUAGUUGUUGAAACAUGGUCACAUGGGUGAACAUCGGAUGAAAGCAAGAUGUAUUUGGUGGGAGAUGACCGGGGAAUCUCUCAUUUUGCGAGUUAUUUGUAAAUGGGAAGCAUAAGAGUUAGUUUUAAGGUCUUUUCCCACAACAAUAAGUGGGUACUUAGAUUAUAUUCAUUCGGAACUAUGGGGUCUAUCUAGGAAGGCCUCUUUAAGUGUUUUUAAUAACUUGAUCUUGACUACUCAAGGAAUGUUUGGUAUUUCUUCAUCAAGACAAAGGACAAGGAAUUGGAUGCAUGACUUGAUGGAUUGAAAGUUAAUGAUUAAGAAGAAGACGCGAAGGAGCAUCAUAAUAAAAAUUUUCUCAAUGUGUACCACUAGCUCAAGCCCAAAGUGCCGUCCCACUCCCAUAAUCGAAUCCUUUUCCGUCCCAUCUCCAUUUUUCUCUAAACCUUCCCUUUAUUCCCUCUAAAGUAUAAAUUCUUCAAGAUGUUAUUGAAGGAAGCUUUGGCAAAGUUUGAUGUUUGUCAUGGUAUCAUUUAUUUAUUUAUUUAUUUAUUUAUUUAAAUUAUUAAUGUCAUUUUACCUUAAUGACCUUUGACUUUCCGGAUUGACCUUGACUUUCGGUCAAUGGGCCUUUGUCUGAAUUCCCUCCUCCCUUGAAAGGCCCAAAGGCUGUUUACAUCUCAAUACCCUAACUUCCUUUCAGCAAAAUAACUUCCCACUCUCCUUCAUUCCUUGGCUAUCCUUCUUCCAAGGUUGGUAACCUCCCACUGCUCCCAUGAUCUUCAACCUCUCCUUUCUGAAGUAACUCCCUUCCCCACCAUUAUAAAUAGGGACAACCAUCAGAGAGGAGAAAAACAUCAAAAAAAUAAUCCUCUCAAGUAUCCUUACUUAUAUUCUACUUCAUUUUCUUACCGAAAUUCUAGUAAUAUCAACCACGGCAUCUUCUUGCAUUCAGUUUAUAAUCAUCUACUCCAUAUUCUCAUAUCCACGUUCUGACUUGAGCGUCGGAGGGGUUUUCCGGGAGAUCACCCCCCGGACAAGGCUAACGUGUUGUUUUGCAGGAAUUCAAGUUGCUUCUUUCUACGAAUCGCCGUUCCUAAUAACACUUCCACUAACGGUAUUUCAAGUGAAUCUCACCUCCUCGUUUCAUUGUCGAAACAGUUUGGCGCCGUCUGUGGGGAAGGGAUAGGAAGUCAUGGCUCCUAAGAAAAAUCCGACUCAAACCACCACCGUACAUAGCACAGAUACAGACACUUCUGCAGGUCACGCUAAUAAUCAAGCCGUGACUCGCCGUGAUCUGGACAUGCUAGCACGAAACCUCACUGCCGCUUUCUCUAAACAACUCCGCGCCGUCAUAAAUAAUACUCCUACUCAACAACGAGUAUUAGAAGACAUGGCGGAUCAAAUAAAAAACUUGCGGGAACGAAUCGAACCCCACCAGGAGAUACCAAAGUCUCAUGAAUCUCAAGAUGGGAACUCGAGGACUUCCCACUCUAGUAAACACAGUAAGAAAAGGCGGGAGAGGUCGAGAACCCGCACGAGUCUUAGCAGGAGUGAUUCGCAGGAUGGAGUGUCCAAGAUCGCCUCUCAAGAUGCCCGAACCUACCUAGAAAGCAAAAGGCAAAAGGCAUCCGAAAGCGUCCAAUCGUUGGUAGAUAGAAGGAGGCAAGAAAGGAAGAAGGCGCAGCUCGCAGGAUCUAGCCAUCCCGUGAGUCCUGUCACCAUGCCACGGAAUGAGGUCAAGAUAAAUAACCUCCCUGAAAAUCCUACGCCAAUAAUCUCCCCGUUGGCUCCAGAAGUACUAAGUACCCCCAACCUGGGGAAAAUAAAAAUCCCAAACAUGGCAGUAUUCGACGGCACGUCAUGCCCCGAAGAACACUUAAUGGCCUACAAAAAUUUGAUGGUGCUGCACACUACCAACCCAUCCUUGUGGUGUAAAUUCUUCCCAACUACUCUUACUGGAGUAGCCUUGACAUGGUACACCUCCCUUCCGGGAGGAAGUAUCCAUAACUUUGCCCAAUUAGAAGGCAAAUUCCUGGGUCACUUUGUGGCAUCCAGGAGGCAGGAGAAAUCCAACUUCCAUUUGCUUGGCAUAAUGCAACUGGAAGGGGAAUCCAUAUCAUCAUACUUGAAGAAAUUCCAUGAGGCCGUACUGGAGGUGACCGAUCUGGAAGAAUCAGUCGCCUUGAAUGCCCUGAUCAACGGAAUGAAGGCUCAGAGACUGAAGUUCCAGUUGAUCGAAAGUCAAGUGAAGACAUAUGCAGAAGCCAUGAAACAAUGUCAAAGCUAUGUCACCGCCUCCGAAAUAUGCCAGGCACACGACUCGAAAAGGCGAAAGUCAGAAAAGAGAGAUGCCGCAACCUCCCAUCAGUCCUCAAGGAACAGAGAAGAGCCUUCGUCAAGGAGGGAAAGGAAUUACGUGCCGCGUCGUCCUGCGCCCCCAUCAGACAUGGGACAUCCACGAUCCCGUCACGUAUAUAUCACGGAAGGAGAAUCCAGAACACGCAAUCUGCUAGAUGGGGGUAAUGACCCGAUAUUUAAUCGAAACAGAAAAGACAUUUUCUUUGCCGUUCGUGACAAGUUGUCAACUCCACCACCCACUACCACUUCUUCCGAUAGACGCAAUUACAAUUUGUGGUGUGAUUACCACAAAGAGCACGGCCAUACUCUGGCCCAAUGUCGCGAACUCAAACGUAUCCUGCAUCAACUGGCUGAUGAGGGAAAGCUGUCAAGGUUCCUCAACAGGAAGGACUAUGAUGCGGGAAGAGAAGCAGACAGGAGGCCAUGGAAUCAAAGACGGGGAUCCCCCAGAAGGGAUGAGACCAAGCAUGAAAGUUCCAACACACAAGGAACUAUCAACGUAAUUUUCGGAGGAUACACUGAAGAAUAUCCUACCAUUCGAGCCGCCAGGGAUAGCGUCCAUGCUCUACUGAAAGGACCACCAAAAACCGUAUCAAAGGGACCGAUCAUGAGAUUCGACGCCACUACCUCUCAACCAUUGCAACAACCACACACCGAUCCUCUAGUGGUCACCCUCAAAAUCGGGCAAAUGAAGGUCAAGAGAGUACUGGUAGACACCGGAAGUACGGCCGUCCUCAUAACCAUGGAGUGCCUCCGAAAAAUGAAGUUCGAAGAAAAGCACUUGCAGCCUCUCGACAAACCAUUGAUCGGGUUUGGAGGUAGUCAGGUCAUUCCACUAGGCACAAUCAUUCUACCCGUAAGGGUGGGGGAAAAAAACAAAAGCAGGGCCAUGCCCGUACGAUUCACGGUAGUGGAUCUCACAUUCCCCUAUAAUGCCAUCAUGGGGCUCUCGCUCAUCAACAAGAUAAAAGCCGCGAUCUUUCCUCAUCAACUCCUGUUGCAAUUCGAACAGGAUGAUGGUCAGGUGGGCGUCCUUAAAGGAGACCAAGUAACAGCCCGUCAAUGCCUCGUGAACACCCUGAAGCGAGAAACAUCCGCCACUCCCUCCAAGAGAAAGAGGGAAGAAGAGUCUCCAACCGUUAUGAGCGUGUAUACAGACGGUCCCAACGCCCACGAAAGGCCUCACCCAGUGGAGCGAUACGAGGAAACGGAAAUAUUUGACGGGAAGCAGAUCAAAAUCGGAAAAGAUCUUCCAGACGCAAUCAAGAACGAUGUCGUGGCCACUAUAGCUCAUUUCCGCGAUAUCUUCGCAUUUACCACGAAAGAGAUGCCUGGUAUACCAACAAGUGUCAUGUGCCACAAACUUGACAUAAAACCAGGUUAUAAGCCCGUGAAGCAAAAGCUGCGGCAUCAAGGGAAGGAAAGAAUAGAUGCCGCCAAAACAGAAGUAGAAAAAUUGCUGAAAGCUGGGUUUAUCCGGGAGUGCAAAUAUUAAGAUUGGCUUUCCAACGUCGUCCUCGUAAAAAAAUCCAAUGGCAAGUGGAGGAUGUGCGUUGACUUCACGGAUCUAACCAAGCAUGCCCCAAAGAUGACUAUCCCCUCCCAAAGAUAGACCAUUUGGUAGAUUCUACCGCGGGCCACGCUCUACUGAGCUUCAUGGAUGCUAACGCUGGUUACCAUCAGAUUCCCUUGGCCACAGAAGACCAGCCACACACAGCAUUCAUCACAAAUACUGG